AUGCCAACAAUCGUAUUUUUGGGAAUAUAUGAGCUUUCUUGCGAGAAUCCCAAGAUCUUAAGAGAAGGAAAGACUUCCGCUGGUGUUACUUUUUUAGGAGAUGAAAUCGAUGACUGGUUGAACCGACGAGAAGAAAAGAUGACAUCUCCUGAAGCUACUACUACUGCUAUACUUACUACAGCUACUACAGCUAUACUACUACAGCUUGAUGCUGCCGCUGCUGCUUUUCUUGAUCGAUACAUGUCAGCUAUGGUUGAUAUUUUAGCGCAUUUGCAAGAUUUUAGAGUUAUGCUAUUAGUUUAUUGA